AUGCGCCGUAGAGCAGCCAACAUCCGGGCAACUACACACCGCGACACACCCGCGGCAUUCCCCUCGCUAAGCAGUGGCCAUGGGUUUAGCGCGCCGCAUUGGGGCGAGUGGACAGAAUGGACAGAGCCAAUUUCCGCAGGCCAAAACAGACGCAGUGCAAGCUGCUACGAGCCGCGCGGGUUCGGCAAACGGCGCUCCCACUACUUUGACGCCGACGCCGACGUUGACUUUGGCUUUGGCGUCGAUGGGGCGCACCAGGGUGUGGGCCGGACACUGUCGAUGGGCGAGAUCCACGCGCUGACGGCUUCCGAGCCUCCGAUGCACUGCAACAUGGCCAGGCUGACGCCCGCGGGCAAUGCUGCUGCUGCCGCCACCGCUGCGGUGCCGCCGCGGCAGUUUCUGCGGCAGCUGGGAGUUGGCGGCGCGGAGUCUCCCGCGGACUGCGCUGUGCCGCACAGUGACGAUGGAUGCGGCGAGCACCACGUGCCGGAAGGCCCGCAGCACAGCGGCUCUUUGCUGAUGCCCGCCGAGGCGGCCGUGGCGACAUUCCAGCCCAGCGGGGCCGCCAAAGCCGGCGAGCCCAGCGAGGCCGUCAAAGCUAGCGAGGCCAGAGAGGCCAUCGACCUGGACGUGCGGCGCAGCAGCGCGGAGCUGGAGGCGCCGCUGCGCCACGUGCUGUACGGCUACGUCGCGGGCAACCCGCACGUGGGCUACUGCCAGGGCAUGGACCGCGUUGCGCGCGGGCUGCUGCAGGCCGGGCUGCCUGCGGCCGAGGCGCUCGAGGCGUUCCGGUACCUUGUCGACAGCGUGCUGCCGCCGGGGCUUUUUGCUGCGCCGCUGGUGCGCGUGCAGGAGGACCAGCGCGCGCUCGAGUGGCUGGUGGCCAGGCGGCUGCCGCGCGUGCACAGGCAUCUGGCGCGCGUGGCCGGCGGGCCCGUGCACCUGGGCGCGUUCACGGUGGCGUGGAUGAUGACGCUGCUGGUCGAUGUUCUGCCCCAGCCCGCGUGGCUGCGCGUGUGGGACUGCCUGUUCGUCGGCGACGGCGGGUACGGCGUGGUGGUGCGCGCGUGCCUGGCGGUGGUCGAGGCGCUGCAGCCGCAGCUUGUGGAGUGCGCGCAUGCCGUGGACGCCUGUGUGCGGCUGCAGGGCGCCCGCGAGUGGAUGGAGGGCGCUGAUCCCGAGGCCUUUUUCGCUUGCUUGGCCCGGAAAUAG